CACCCCGACCCGCCCACCGCUUCCUGAACCCGCGGGGUCCUGCCUGCUUGCGUCUGCACGUGGCCUGUCCGUCUUCUUACUCCACGACCCAGCGCAGCAGCCAUGGCUCCAGGCCAGCUCGCUCUGUUCAGUGUGUCUGACAAAACUGGCCUAGUGGAAUUUGCCCGAAACCUCGCAUCUCUUGGUUUAAGUCUAGUCGCUUCCGGAGGCACGGCCAAAGCGCUCAGGGAUGCUGGCCUGGCAGUCAGAGAUGUGUCAGAGCUAACAGGUUUUCCUGAAAUGUUAGGGGGACGUGUGAAAACCUUGCAUCCUGCUGUCCAUGCUGGAAUCUUGGCACGAAAUAUUCCAGAAGAUACUGCUGACAUGGCCAGACUUGAUUUCAAUCUUAUAAGGGUCGUUGCUUGUAACCUGUACCCCUUCGUGAAGACGGUGGCUUCUCCGGAUGUAACUGUUGAGGCAGCUGUUGAGCAAAUUGAUAUUGGCGGAGUGACCCUACUGAGAGCUGCAGCCAAAAACCAUGCUCGAGUGACAGUCAUAUGUGAACCAGAGGACUACGUGGCAGUGGCUGCAGAGAUGCAGGGCUCUGAUAGUAAGGACACCUCCCUGGAGACCAGGCGCCACUUGGCCUUGAAGGCAUUCACUCAUACUGCACAAUAUGAUGAAGCAAUUUCAGAUUACUUCAGAAAGCAGUACAGUAAAGGAAUUUCCCAGAUGCCCUUGCGGUAUGGGAUGAACCCCCAUCAGACUCCUGCCCAGCUGUAUACACUGAAACCCAAGCUUCCCAUCACAGUCCUCAACGGAGCCCCUGGAUUCAUAAACUUGUGUGAUGCUUUGAAUGCCUGGCAGCUGGUGAAGGAACUCAGGGAAGCAGUGGGCAUCCCGGCUGCGGCUUCCUUCAAGCAUGUCAGCCCAGCAGGCGCUGCUGUUGGGACUCCACUUAGUGAGGAUGAAGCCAGAGUCUGCAUGGUCCAUGACCUCUAUCCAACUCUCUCACCUAUGGCCACUGCAUAUGCAAGAGCAAGAGGAGCUGAUAGAAUGUCUUCAUUUGGUGAUUUUAUUGCAUUGUCUGAUGUCUGUGAUGUCCCAACUGCAAAAAUUAUCUCCAGAGAAGUUUCGGAUGGUAUUGUUGCCCCAGGAUAUGAAGAGGAAGCCUUGAAAAUACUUUCUAAAAAGAAAAAUGGGAACUACUGUGUUCUUCAGAUGGACCAGUCCUACAAACCGGAUGAAAAUGAAGUUCGAACACUCUUUGGUCUUCGUUUAAGCCAGAAGAGAAAUAAUGGUGUCAUUGACAAGUCAUUAUUUAGCAAUAUUGUCACCAAGAAUAAAGAUCUGCCGGAGUCUGCCCUCAGAGACCUCAUUGUAGCCACUGUCGCUGUCAAGUACACUCAGUCCAACUCCGUGUGCUAUGCCAAGGAUGGACAGGUUAUCGGCAUCGGAGCAGGCCAGCAGUCUCGGAUACACUGCACACGCCUUGCGGGUGAUAAGGCAAACUCAUGGUGGCUCCGACACCAUCCACGAGUGCUUUCCAUGAAGUUUAAAACCGGGGUGAAGAGAGCGGAAAUCUCUAAUGCCAUUGAUCAGUAUGUGACGGGCACCAUUGGUGAGGGAGAAGACCUGCUGAAGUGGAAGGCGCUGUUCGAGGAAGUCCCCGAGUUACUCAGUGAGGCAGAGAAAAGGGAAUGGGUCGACAAACUGAGAGAUGUUUCUGUCAGCUCCGAUGCCUUCUUUCCUUUCAGGGAUAAUGUAGACCGAGCUAAAAGGAGUGGUGUGGCCUACAUUGUUGCGCCAUCUGGAUCUGCUGCAGACAAGGUUGUGAUCGAGGCAUGCGAUGAACUGGGGAUCAUCUUGGCUCACACGGAUCUCCGGCUCUUCCACCACUGAUCUUAGUUUCUGUCAUUUCCUAGUUUGCUUGUGUGUAGUAAAUAAGUGUGGGAUUUUAAAAGUCCCUCUUGUAAACAAUGGGUCGUUUGCAUCUUAAUAAUUGGAUCUAUGGUUUUAGGUUCAUUGGGUCUUAUCUGAAAGGUAUAGACUUCUAGCCCAAGUCACCACAUACAGAGGUUUGUGUAUACAGAACCUAAAAGCAUCCCUCCUUGGAGCUCAGCUUUUGAUAUGGUCUUAUAUAAGCCGAGAAGCCAAGCUGCCUUAUGAUGACACAUCCCUGCUGGGAAUAGCUCUCCGCAGGGCUCUUCAUCAUGCCCCUGAGACAUCAUGCCCCUGAGAAGCUUGACUGUUUGCCGCCUUGACAAACAGCCAGUUAUCCCCAGGGAACUGAUCCUUAGCGGAUCUGGACAAUGCUGAUGCUGCUCUUAGGUGAAGUGUUGCCCUUAUUUUGGCAUCCGUGAUCUUCUCUCCAGGUCUGUUUAAAACCUGUAUUAGCGAUUUAGUAACUUGUGUUACCUACAAAUGGACCCAAUGUUCUUAGAGUUUUUACUCAGAGUGAUUAUGUUUGGGGUGGGAGGCAGGUGACAAUGCCUCCCUGUGCCUAGCAGGUCAUAACUGGAUCUGUGGUCUUGACUGUUCACCUGGAAGAUGCCUAUGGUCAGCUGUGACCUUCAGUCAGGGAGCCUCAGUCCUGCCUUCUUUCUACUCCUUUCCUAAGUAAAAAAUGCAGAAGCGUUUUUGGUGGUUGUUAUUUUGUUUUUGUUUUUUGAGACAAGAUUUUCCUGUCACUCUAGCUGUCCUGGAACUUGUUCUCUAGGAUAGGCUUUUGUCUCAGAAUUAGAGAUUUGCCUACCUCUGUCUCCCAGCCCUGGGAUUACAUCACAGACAUUUUUAGAAAAAGUCAUCUUUGUGAGUCAGUGUAUGCUAACUGACCUUCCAGCUCUUGGAAUAGCCCAUUGAAACAAGCAGACUUAAGUUAUCAUUAAAAUCCGGUGGCUUCUGUGCUAAGUCACAGGGCAGGGAUCCCUGGGGACCUUGUUUAUGCUAACUGCUAGCCUUGCAAAUGAGAUUCCCUAGAGAGGGGUCUUUCUGCUCUGGUCUCUGCCAACAUUUGGCUGUCACCUCUUGGAGGCCUCUGAUACGAAUCUAUCCGAACCUAAGAGCUUUGUUGAUCUGUUGCUGUACCAGGAAUCAGAACCAGGGCCUUCAUGCUAAGCAAGGGUUCUACCACUAAACUAUACUCUCAAUCUCAGAGGAGCUUCUUUUAAUUCCCAGCUCACAGAUACAUACUGUUGGCCACAGCAUUUUAAAAACAUUUUUGUAGCAGUAAAUAUUGAGUACAGAUUUUGGCUCAUAAAUUAUUAAAUGUGCUGUCUCCCUCGUUAUUUAGCUUGACUGAAAGUGAACAUUAAAGUGUAAUUGGAACCA